AUGGCUUCCUACUACGCCUUCGCCUUUUUGCUGGCGUCUAUUGGCCUCACCGCGGCGACAUUUGGAGGACAUGAACACGUCCAUAUCAGGGUACACAUACCCGAUGAUCAUCAUUCAACGGAGCAUCACGAUGACCAUGGCCAUGGAGGGUACGGUGGUGGCGGUGGAUUUGCCGAACAUCUACACGGAGGCUUUGCUGACCACCUAAAAGGGGAGCACGAUCAUGGGGGAUUUGGUGGUGGUUUCGGCGGUGGAUUUGGUGGUGAUGCUGGCCAUGGAUAUGAUCUCGGUGGUCAUGGAGGGGGUCAUGGCGGUGGAUUCGGAGGUGGUCACGAUGUUGGAGGACAUGGCGGUGGACAUGACAUAGGUGGUCAUGGAGGUGGAUUUGGAGGUGGACAUGAUUUAGGAGGUCAUGGAGGUGGAUUUGGCGGUGGACAUGACCUAGGAGGUCAUGGUGGUAGUUUUGGGGGUGGACAUGACUCGGGAAGCCAUGGGGGUGGAUUUAGCGGUGGCCAUGACAUCGGAGGACAUGGGGGUGGAUUCGGUGGUGGCUAUGAUAUCGGAGGCCAUGGGGGUGGAUUUGGAGGUGGCCAUGAUAUCGGAGGACAUGGAGCUGGAUUUGGAGGUGGCCAUGAUGUUGGAGGGCAUGGGGGUGGAUUUGGAGGUGGCCAUGAUAUCGGAGGGCAUGGAGCUGGAUUUGGAGGUGGCCAUGAUGUUGGAGGGCAUGGGGGUGGAUUUGGAGGAGGCCAUGAUAUUGGAGGGCAUGGGGGUGGAUUUGGUGGGGGACAUGACCUAGGCGGCCAUGGAGGAGGAUUAGAUAUUGGAGGCCAUAGUGGUGGUUUUGAAGCUGGUCACGGAGGUGGAUUUGGUAGCAGUCAUGACAUAGGUGGAUACGGAGGUGGAAAUGAUAUCGGAGGACAUGGAGGAUUCGGAGGUUCCGGCCAUGGUCAUGGAGGUUUUGGCGGCCAAGCUGGUUAUGGCGGCGGCGUCGGGCUCGGCGGGGCAUUUGGGGGUGAUCAUGGCCACGGUGGCUUAGACAUCGGACAUGGACACGCUGACCACAGUGGUGGUCAUUCAGGAGGUCAUGCCAGCCAGGACAGUUACACCCUCGCUCUAUCCAGCCACGGCUCUGGAGGACUUGGUGACUUUGGGAGCCACGACAGUUAUUCUGGUGGCCACGAUAGUUACUCUGGUAGUCACGGUGGCGACAGCUAUAGCGUAGGCGGAGGUCAUGGAGGACUUGGAGGGCAUGGCGAUAGUUACAGUGUGAGUGGGGGUGGUCAUGGGUCAGGCAGUUUUGGGGACAGCUACACAAAUGCGAUAAGCGCAGGACACGGUGGUGGUCCCUAUCAUAAGAAAUAA